AUGGCAGAUCAAUUGACAGAAGAACAAAUUUCCGAGUUCAAGGAAGCUUUCUCUCUCUUCGAUAAAGAUGGCGAUGGAACUAUCACUACUAAGGAGCUCGGUACAGUCAUGCGCAGUCUGGGUCAGAAUCCUACUGAGGCCGAACUCGGCGACAUGAUUAACGAAGUGGACGCUGAUGGGAACGGCACGAUCGACUUUCCUGAAUUUUUGACCAUGAUGGCACGAAAGAUGAAAGACACCGAUUCAGAAGAGGAAAUCCGUGAAGCGUUCAAAGUUUUUGAUAAGGACGGCAACGGAUUUAUCAGCGCUGCAGAGCUCAGGCACGUGAUGACAAACCUUGGUGAAAAACUAUCCGACCAAGAAGUAGAGGAGAUGAUCAGGGAAGCCGAUGUGGACGGUGAUGGCGCCAUCAAUUACGAAGAAUUUGUGAGAAUGAUGCUGAGCGAAUAA